CAAUUUCUUACAAACAAGCAAUUAGCAUUAAAUGAAGAUGAUCAAUCUGAGAAUAUUCUAAUCACUAAUUUUAUUGUUUCUGCAAGAAAAGGAAAGCCUCUGGAUAGAGUAAAAAGUGAUGUUGAAAUUGAAAAUCAAAUACAAAAAAACAUUACUGUUUGA